GGGUUCACCAUCAGUGUCGGUUGAGACUCCGUCGCGCCCGGGCGUGUCGAACGAAUCUUCGCGAACGAAUUCGUAGUGAAUGCAAUGUGGUGUGCUGUGUUGUGAAUUUUAAAGAUUUAGUGCUCUAUCUGUGUGGAUUUUUGGAUACUGAGCGAAUUGUGACGAUGUGCUAGUGCAGUGCUAUGUGCGCGUGAAGUAAUACAAGAUGGCCGCCGUGUUGCUCGUGUUCUUGCUGGGCUGCGUCGGCGCUUUGGCUGAAAAAGAAACAACCGCAGCGCUAGUAGGCGAGACCGCACGUAUAAAAUGCCGGAUCGACAGCGCCUCCUGUGGAGAGAUGCAUAGCGUGAAAUGGUACAAGGACGAUGUCAGGAUAUAUGUGUUCUCGGCGUCUAAAGGCGCAGCUAUCAACAGGCCGGAGGGCGAUAUGAUGACCAGAAUGUCGAUCAGCCACGUCCCCAACUCGACCUUCGCUGAGCUGGUCAUCAACAGCGUCCAGGCCUCAGACGAGGGCCUGUACCGCUGCGAGAUCACGUAUCUGCAAGUAGGAGACGACUGCAACACCGUGCAGCUGUCUCACUUCAACACAUACAUAAAACCAAAAACAGUAGAGCUACUGGCCAUCGACGGCACCAACUCCACCUCCAUACAAGACGGGACCACCUUGGGACCACUCGUGAUCUAUAAGCAGAUCACCGUGGCAUGUCUGGUGAAGGAGGGGAAACCCCAGCCUAAAGUGACGUGGUACUUCAAUGGGAAGGAGAGGACGGAUGCUCAACGCACUACACCGGACAACACGACGGUCCAGCAAAGCUUGGCUCUGACGAUAUCUCGAGAGGAGCUUGGUGGUGAACUGAAAUGCUCCGUCUCAUCAGAUGCUUUGGACGAACCGAUCGUGAGACGAGUCAAGCUUGAUGUUAGAGUCCCUCCAUCGAAAGUGGAGAUCCUCGGCGUCGGAGACCACGUGACCCAGGGUACCACCCUGACCAUGACCUGCGUAGUCAAGGGGGCUAACCCACCAGCCGUCGUUCAGUGGUACAAUGGUACCACGCUGCUUGAUUCUAGGCAGCAAGAAGUUAAGAGCGACUCGACAUACGAAACGAUGGCGAAUCUCACGUUCACGGUGACGCGGUUCGAAAACGGACGGAAAUUCACGUGCAAAAGCGAGAAUGAAGUUAACAAGAUAAUCAGUGAGGAGCCGCUCGUUAGGACUAAGGAGAUGGAGGUUUGGUAUCGUCCAAUAGUCCACGUGAAUCCCCCCAACUUCACCGUUCUGCAGGAUACGAAGAUCCUCCUCAAGUGCGAGUAUGAGAGCAACCCCUCACUCCUCAUAGACGUUGCAUGGUACAAGGAUGACGAAAAGAUCGACGUGGACUCCUCCCACUACCAGGGCGGCAACGUCAACCAACCAGCGCUCAUCAUCCACAACGUCACUGGGAGUGACAGUGGCAACUAUACCUGUCAGCUCAAAAAUGACGUUGGAAACAGCACUAGUGACAACGCUAUCGACGUUAAUGUUUUGUACAAACCCACAGUUCGUCUAGUAAUGUCGGACCCCAGCCCUAUUAACGAGCUGGACCAUAAGAACGUGACGCUGAUAUGCGAGGCCAUCGACGGGAACCCGAGGACCCUGGACGAGGUCACCUGGUAUCUGGAUAAUGAGGUGCUGAAGAAGCUUCCGGAGUGCAAUGGAACUGAUCCGGCCCUGUGUGAUGAAGUGGAUCCCUCAAUGCUGCUCCUCCAGGACACGACGAGAAGUUUCCAUGGCAACUACUCCUGUCAGGGCAAGAACGCCGCGGGAGAAGGAGAAAGGAGUCCGCAGACCGAGUUGGUUGUCAAUUAUCCCCCUGGGCCAGCGAAGCUGGUGUACUCCCCGUGGCGAGUGGUCAAACAGAAAUCCCUCAUCCUGACGUGCAGCAUCGAAGAGAAAGGCAGACCUGAAGCUCAGAGAUUCCGCUGGCACCGAGGCGGUCGCCUCGUCCCGGACAUAGUGUCCGCCAACUGGACCAUAGACCCAAUCAGUCUCGACCACAGGACCAACUUCUCGUGUCGCGGAUUCAACGCUGGUGGCGAGGGGCCGCCUGCAACUACCUUCAUUAAUGUACUUGCUCCUCCAAGCUUCAAGUACGCUAUGAACUACUACAGCGGAGCUUUGUACAAAUCUCAAAACAUAUCCCUCAAAUGCACCGUGGAAUGCGCCCCCCGGUGCAGCGUGCAAUGGCUCAUGAUGAAGGACAACGAGGAGAUGCAGGUCAUUGACCCCAACAAGACGGAUCGGUACUACAUCGUGGAAAGAGAGAUCGGGCCCGAGGUCAACAGGAACGAUUUUGAAGCUACGGAGAGUACUUUGUACUGGAACAUGUCUGCUUGGGCUGGAGGCGUUCUGGACCGCACGGACCCUCGCAUCACCAAAUACAUGUGUCGGUCUUCGCGAAACGACGCCGGGCCUGCUGUCAACAGUACUACACAUUUUGCUGUGGAAUAUGAACCAGAAAACAUCACAGUGACUCCGGGAAUAGUUCCAGUGAUCGAAGGAGAAAUACCCGGAAAAGUCGUCUGUUCCGCUAGAGGUUUCCCCGUCCCAUCCUACUCGUGGCGUCGAGAGAACGCCAGCAAAUCUUUAGCCAAGGACCACACCAACACCUCUCUCGUCCUCUCAUCUUCCAACACUCUUCUGCUGGGCCCGGUGCAGAGAAAAGACGCAGGGCACUAUCUUUGUGAGGCUCAUAACCGACAUGGCGCUGUUUCUGCUACAGCGUACUUGGAUGUCAUGUUUGUUCCGGAGUGCGGCAUUAAGCAAGCGGAAGUAGAUGGAGAACAAGUCCUGAUCUGCACAGCGCACGCUAACCCUAGCGAGGUAACCUUCUUCUGGAAACUGAAGAACGACAACGACUCUCUCUCCGACGAGAAGAUCUGGCAAGUCGGCCAGCAGAGCUACCUCCGCCUGCACCCAGGCGUUGAGGUGCACAGGACGUAUCUCUGUUACGCUAACAACUCUGUGGGCAGGAGUAGAGAGUGCGAGCGCGAUGUGCAAGCCAACCUGGAAAGCCUCACUUCGGCAGUUUGGUGGCGGGAUCGACAGCAACUCAUCCUGAUUGGUUGCAUUGCGCUCGCUAUCUUAGUCAUCACCGUUAUCCUCUGCAUCAUCAUCAUCUGCAUAUGCAGGCGGAUGAGAGCGAAAUCCAAAUACAAUAAUCCAGUGGAAUUAGAGGAGAGAGAAAAUCCGGAUGGUAGCUGCCUUAAUGAAAUGUCGAUCGCUCAGUCAAUCAUAUCGCAAGCUUUGCCUGCUUUAUCGCCGCGCCUUAACUUGACCUUCAGUCCUAAAACAUCUGAUAGAACUAGACUGGUUGACUCUCAAAACUACCCUGACAACAAAACUAAAGAAACACGCAGCAGCUUACAAGCUAAUCUAUCACAAUUAGAAGCUACUAUCAAUGCAAGUAAAUCACCAAUAAGAGACAAUGAAGCUAACGAAACGCAGACCCCGAAAAAUGAACCUAGAGUUCACAGUGAUAAGGUUCAAACUGUAGUAACCCCAAGCAAAUGGCCGCUCAAACCUGGUGUUUUAGUUCAUGUGAAUUCAAAUCACACACUGAGCCCUAAAAAUCAAGCAAGAAUGGCUGCGAAUGUGUCCCAAAAUAAUGAUAAGGAAGAAGAUGCUACUUUGGGACUACUUGAAAGAAACAGAGUUAAAAGUGAUGAUGAAAGAUCACCAACCAAAUCUGAGUAUUCAAAAAAGAAUGGUAAACCAAGAAGACAUACUCAAAAUGUAGUGUCAGGAAUAUUCAAAAAUUUGAGAAGGAAGAGUGAUAAUGAUUCUGAUGAUGACAGUGGUAAAUAUAAGAAGAUAAAUAAGACUAAUAAAAGGGCUGUGUCUUUAGUUAAUUUGAAUAAGCCAGGCUAUAGUUUACCAAAGAGCAGAAUACGUUCAUUUUUCCAAAGUGAAGCGCCUAAUGUCAUUGUUACUGAAGGAGUUGUGUCGUUUAAGAGGCCUGAUAGAAUUGCCGCUAGUGUGAAACCUUUAAGCGAUGAUAAUGCUAAAGGCACUAGAAAAAGGAAAGCUCCAGGAGACAGCCCACCUAUGAAUGGCGUAGAUAAUGCAGCAAACGGCAACUUAGGAGCGGACAGUCCCGGCCUGUACGAGAAUCUGCCGUUCCAUGGGCUCCAACAAGCACCUAAUAAGCCGUUCAAACCGGACGACAUGUUCAUUUACGCCGACGCCGACCUGAAGGACUACGGGCCGAUCAACUACAAGCAGGCCUCCAUCUACUCGCAGAUGAAGAGGGUUAAGGAGCAACAGCGGCUGCAGGAGAUAUACGACAAGCAACAGGACGAUAUGUUGUGAUUUCGAUGCAAAACUUUACUAAAGGAAGAUGGAAAACUUCACCGCUUCUGGCAAGAUUCGAACUAGCAAGUUUUUGGAACAUCGAUUCAAUUUCUCUUAACCAACUGAAGCUGGCCAAGAUGCCAAUUGUUCACGCCGUAACGAUACGCUUAUGUCUCUCUGUCGCACUAAUAUGGAAGAGUGAUAGAGAGAGAUUACCGUUUUGUUUGCUACGGCGCAAACGAUUUCGCUGGCUAGGCCCUCUGAGCUAACGAAUCUUACCAGAAGUUUGUGAAUUUUUCCAUUUAUUCCUUCUUUUUGAGACGCAAAUUAUUUAUAUCGUUUGCAGACGUAUCUGCUUGAUAAAACGUAGUUUAUUUUAAUACAGUUAUUUCAACUCGGGAAAGGGAUCUUAGAAAGAGAAACAAUAAGCUGAACUCCUUCAAGACUACUUGAAGAAUGCCAAAAUUAAGGUGUACAAUCAGCAGCAAAAGUUGCUAAGCGGGCGAGGUGUUCAAAAUUACCUUGACGCGCUCUUAUUCUCUUAACAAUAAAGUCGCGUCAAGAUGAUUUUGAACACGUCGUCCGCUUUGCAACUUUUGCUGCUGACUGCACCUGUACAUUUUUAGCUUAUUCUUAUUACCUUUCGUUCAUAAGUGCAACCCUUUAUUUGAAUAGGCGUACUCGUAUUCUGAAUGUAGUAACAGGUUUUUUAAUCUGGAUAUAAUCUGUCAGUAGUGUCAGUUACAAAAGUGGCGUUUCGGUUGACAGAUUACAUUUGUAAUAAAUCGAGAUCAAAUACAAAACCUGUCAUUACAAUCAGAAUACGCCUCUGAUUUUAUAUAAGAAUCAUGUAUUUUUUUAUUAUAAAUAUGCUUAUUUAUAGAACCUGCUGUUGCUGUGUCGUAGCUGUUAAAAUAGUAAGGUAAAAUGGUCGAUACUUCCUACAAUAUCGAUACUUUUAGACUUCAUUAACGUAAAAGACAUACAUAAUUAUGUCGCUUACGCUAAUCGACUCUAAUGGCAUCAAUAUUAUACGUUAGAACUUUCUCUACACGAUAUAACAAUCUGUAAAAUACUCUGGACUGACAAACAACCCCAAUUGUGACGAUUAGCCUAAAAUGUACAGAUUAGCGUAAUUAUUGCCUAUGUAAAUAAAUUAUUUUCACUUCCGCAUACAACUGUGAAAUAAAGACUAUGAUGUAAGUUUUUCAAUCGAACUGUACUCUUCUCUGGAUAAAGGAUAAGUUAAAAAGGCGUCCGCAGCAAAAUAUAAUAAAAAAAUCAUAGCCUUGAAGUAAUCGGCACUUGCGCUGCGUCUUAC